UUUAUUUUAAUGGUGUUCUAAUCCUGUCCCUUUUCUUGUAAGUUAAAGGGAUUUUUACUGGCUGACGGCCGUUUUAUCGUCGGCAGAAAGGGCCAAUUACUUUGAAACCCUUUAAGCACUGUGGCUGCAUCAGCUCCGGCAGAGCGACCAUCUGCGGCAGAGUGAGAGAGACGUAGUGGUUUGUGAAGGGAGCGGCCCUUAGGUACCGCAACAUCAGCACCGGAAUUUACCCCCGACUAGCUCUUUCUACUACGGAAACUCCAGCACUUGGAUAAUCGCUGUUUUCUCUGGCAUUAUAACAUCAGUGUCUGUCCAACAGCUCAAGGCUCCUCAUCUGCCGCCAGCCAGUACUGUGGUAAUAACCCCCCGGAUCUGUGCGUUUCUAGGGAUCAGGUGCUGCAGUAACGAACCAGAUAUAGCGGAGCUUCCGCCUGCCGAAUCGCAGGCCGGGACUGACAAGUCAUCCACAGAAGUACAGCCAAGAUACGAACACCGCUUUAUUUUCCAGAGCUGGACUAUCAGUAUCGGAGCUACCGAGACACCGCCGGUUUCACAGUUAUAAUACUGGAAUUUCCUUCACCUUCUGCAGUGAGACAGUGACAGUGGGUCGAUUUUUCUCAGCUUUUGCGAUAUCAGUCUCGAUAUCACGGAGCUUUCUGCAGAAGUGCUACAUUGCAGUCCGCGCAGGUUCGCGGCAGGUCCUUUUCGUCCUUUGGUAACCGUUGCUGAACAGCUAGAGUAGGAAGCAGCAUGGUGUCCUGGAUCAUCUCUAGGCUGGUAGUAUUGAUUUUUGGCACCUUGUAUCCAGCCUACUCCUCAUACAAAGCAGUGAAAACAAAAAAUGUCAAAGAAUACGUAAAGUGGAUGAUGUAUUGGAUAGUAUUUGCGUGUUUUACCACAGCAGAGACGCUGACAGAUAUUAUCUUGUCAUGGUUUCCAUUCUACUUUGAACUGAAGAUGGCAUUUGUUAUAUGGCUGCUAUCACCUUACACAAAGGGCUCAAGUGUUCUCUACAGGAAGUUUGUCCAUCCAACCUUAUCCAACAAAGAGAAGGAGAUCGAUGAAUACAUUUCACGAGCCAAGGAUCGGAGUUAUGAAACGAUGAUGAAAUUUGGAAGACGUGGUUUGAACUUGGCAGCCAAUGCAGCAGUUACUGCUGCUGCAAAGGGCCAAGGUGUGUUGUCUGAGAAGCUUAGAAGCUUUAGCAUGCAAGAUCUAACACUGAUUCAAGAAGAAGAGACAGUUCGCCUUCGUAAUUCAGAGACUCGUGUGCGCCCUGCCAGUGCUAUUCUGGAAAACAUCACGGAUUCAGCUGCAUCUCUGUACCUUCCUGGUGAAGAGUCCAGUCAAGGCCACAAGACUGAUGGAGAGCAGUCAGAUGCAAGAACAGAGCAGUCAGAUGAAGAUGCAGCAGAAAGAGCACCUAAGCGCACGCCGAGCAUUAAAACAACAAAGAGAGUUCAGAAGACAGAGCCACAAGCAAAGAAUAUUAAGACACGACCUAAGAAGAAAACUACAGCUUCCACUGAGUCGGCAUGAUGUUAUUGGCGGUAUGGAGAAGAAAACUUGAUAUCAUGGGCAGAGCAAGACAAAGAAGCAUAUAUAUGCCGUGGAUAAUAACAGAUUGUUUUGAACAAACACACACACACACACACACACACACACACGCACUUUCUCUGUAUGCAGGAGAUAUUCUAGGCAUAACGUAGUGUCCAUAUAGUACACAUUGCCAGCCGUAUAGAAAGAGCUUGAGUGAGAUUCUGGGUACAACUUAUCCAAUGUGCUUAAACACUAAAACACAUGCAACCACAUCAAACUUCACACACACACACACACACACACACACACACACACACACACACACACACACACACACCAGGAAAUAGUCUAAUCACAGAUUAAUGACCUUUGUUUACUGUUUUUCUGCAUCCAUAUGGCCAUGUUUACAUAGAAAAAAACAAAACAUGAGGUAUGCAGUUUGUCUUACCUGCAUAAACACGUAUAUGCACAGUUACUUGUGGUAUAACCUUGAGACUCACAGGCCUGAUGUACUCUAAGAGGUCAUGGAUUCCUUUUGCAAACCAGAAGGAUUGCAGACAUUUUACAGUGUACUUUAGAUGCAACAAUCAAAAGUUUGCAUCAUUACAGUAUUCACACUUAGAAACAUUUAUUAACUGUUGCAUUUCAUUAGAACUUCCUGUGCAUUUUGUCUUCCAGGUAGACAGUUGGAAAAGAGGAAUCAAAUGAAUGGGAAGACGCACUGUUUUUGCUACACUAGAGACAAUGUUUCUGCCAUUGUUACUGUUUAAAGAAACUGAGGUCAGCUAAAAGUAAAAGUUGUGCAGUACUUCAAAGAAAAUUUAGUUGCAAAGAAAGCUCCUUGUACAAUUGAGUACUGAGAGUACCCUUUGCUAAUCUUUGCAUCUGGCAAUGUGGUCUCUUGAAAACAGCAGAUCUCACUGCAGUCUUUCUGGUUUAGUAAGUAACAAGGACUACUGUGCCUGCUUCCCUUUCUAGAUUAUUUCAGAGGGUUUAGCCAGAGCCAAAUUUCCUACUGCCCAGCAGUGCAAAGCAGACUGGAAACUGCAUCAAGAAAGGAAGGCAACAUGAGGCACUUGUUACAUUUUUGCAUCAUGCCAAGGCCCUGUUGAUAGAUGAACAGUUAUUUUAUGUAUUGAUUUGUUAUGAUACCAGUAUUAUAUAGUUUCUGCAGAAAAGUACAACCUCACAGGGACCGAAGCAGUCGAAAUUGAUAUUCUUUAUCAGACAUUUUUCCAGAUACCUGUCCAGUGUAGACCUUCUGAUGCAGUUUCCUUAGGUGCACAUAUAGGAAGGGCUGAUGGCACAGUCCAGUUCAUUACUAAAAUGAGCAAGUUUAACUAUACUGUGAAAUAAACUCUGUAGAAGCCAAAUUUGUCAAGAGAUCAGAGCAAACUGCUUCUGCACUUAAAAACAGUACGCUUUAAUAUUGCAGGCACAGUAAGUAGACAGCUGAGACCUUAGUGCAGUAAAGAACUGAGACAGAGCUCUCAGUACACCUUUGCAAUCUCUGUCCAGAAUUCUGUUUGAAUUCAUUGCAACACUUUAGUAAUAAUUAACAGUUAAAUUUAUGAAUCUCAUGCUUUGUAUAUAUAGUGCAAGAUGAGCAAGGAAACGUUGUUACAGCAGUUAUGUGCUGUAUGUUGUGACCUGCUGCUCUUGGCAGUAUCCUGUUGUACUGUAUCGCGCUAGGCCCUGUUGCACUUUGUUGUGCACUGCUGUACUGUACUAUACUUUAACUUACUGUAUUCUCUGAUGCUCUGUGUAUAUCCAGGACUGUAAUCACUGGCAGGUGCGGCUCAGACUAUCUUCAGUGUUAUGUUAUUAGUUUUCAUUGCAGUCUGGUCUGUAUGUUGUUUUGCUGCAUACAUUUUGUUGCUUCUUGUCUUCUGUUGAACACUCCACGUAGUCGUGAAGUAUAUUUUCAGAAAAUCUGUACUAACUGGAAUUUUCAAAAUGAAGUGUUAUCUUCACUGAAUAGGCAUCUUCUAGAAACCUGUUUCAGACAGCUAAAGAUUUGCAGUGCCAUGCUGGUUUAACACCUUUCUUUUGUGUUGGUCUUUUAUACUGGAGAACUUUUUAAGGGAAACGGAAGAAGAGUAGAAUGCGAAAGAGAAAGAAAACAACCAGAAAUACAUCAGGAGCCUAAAAUGCAGUUGGCUUGAGCUCAGAUUCAUGUAGUACACAAAGUGACUGAUGUCUUUUGCCAGCACUCCAGUUUCUACAUGUGGUUUGCUUUUCAUUGAUGCUAGAUAGAUCAACCCUGUUCCACUAAAUGAGUUUGAAGCAACAUUCCAAAGUGAAGUGGAAGACAAGCCCCCAAUGCAGGAUGUCUCACCCUUUCAGCACUACCUCAGGGGAAUUGAACCUGCUUAAUGAAAUGGAUUGGUCAAUCAAAAUGCAAGUUACCUUUUUUGAGUGCCGAUUGUUUUUUGUGUGUGUGUGUGUGUGUGUGUGUGUGUGUGUGUGUGUGUGUGUGUGU